CUCAAAGCAGAGAUACUUAAGGGAGAAGAACAGACGCAGCAGCGAGAGGAAGCUUCUUCGACUCUGACGGUGCGUGCAUUUCACGCUCCGGCGACGUUAUUUUUAUCGCUUUUUACGCAUUUUUCUGUAUUUUCUUCUGACCUAAGAUAUUUUCCCCUUUGACCGUACAAAUUUGCUUCUUUCUUCGUUUCUCUCUCUCUGUCUCUCUCAUUAGUCACCAUUUUCAUGUACUCUGCUUUAUAUAAUAACUUUAGGGUUUAGCUAAUGAAAGUAAAAAAAGUGAAAUAACGCAUUAAAGGUUUCGAAGAGAACAAAAUGUUGCCUAAGAGUGUUACUGAUAAGAUUCAAGAAAAUGUGAGCAAGCCUUGCUUUUGGAAGUCUCUUUCUCCAGGACAAAACUGGAAAUCUAAAUCCAUGAGGAGUUUUCCGGCGGAGUUUGUGAUAAGCAUGCCCGGGUCUUUAGAGCACAGAGUGGUGUUUAGUGUUCGUUGGGGCAAUUCCUGGCAACUUUGGCUGGAGCGAGAAAAAGAAGAUCUGUUUAUGAUAGAAGAAGAUUGGGAUGAGUUUGUGAAUGACAACCAUUUAGGCCCAAAUGAUAACUUGUUCUUCAAACACGAUAGCACGAUGUUUCUUGAAGUGCAAAUCUUUAAGAAUGAUGGGAAAGAGAUCAUCGAUGCACCUCUUGAAGUUGAACCUGAAACUGAACAACUUCAUCCUACUACACCCAAGAAUUUUCACAAGGAGACAACCCAUGCCUCUGCCUCUGCUUCUGAAUUCUCAGAAAAUGGUCCAGAGAGACAGGGUUGUGUUGAUGUCAAAAACCCCGAGCUAUAUCUUCUAAACCCGAAAAACCCUUACUUUGUGAAAACGCUGUCGAAAAGGAAUGACGUUUUGUAUGUGCCCAAACCGGUGAUUAAGAAGUAUGGCUUGAAGUUUGGUCCCACUCAUUCCCCGAUGCAUUACCUUCUUCCCGGAGAUAAAAUCAAUGGCUUGACUAAGCUCUAUGGUGGUGGCGAUGCCCCUUGUUUCAAUGGCUGGGUGGGUCUAUGUCGAAAGUACAAUCUGAAAACUGGAGACUCUGUGGUUUGUGAACUUGAACGCUCAGGAGAUCUGGUUACUGCUGUUAGAGUACAUUUCAUCAAUGAAAAUAUGAGAUAAGUCCUCUCUAGUCUAAUGUUUAUAUGUGACCCUUAUGCUUCUGUUGCUUUAGUGCAAUAGUAGUCCAACUAAAGAGCUUGCGUUUGACUUGGUAGGAUAUGCAUAAACUUUUAUUGUAAGUUUUGUAACUCUCCAUAAAAAUCAAAAGGCCUAGAUACAUAAGAUAA